GGAGUUCCCAUACCAACAACAAAAGAAAACAAAAUAAACAGUUGUUUGUAGGCACUAUCAUCCUGCCUGUAGAUACAUACAGUGCAACAAGUAAAAGAAGAAUAAGAAUAAUAGUAUCAAACUAUUAUCAUCAAUCCCCAAACAGAAACAACAUCAACAGAUAGAUUAGAUUGGAUUAGAUCAGUGGUGGAAGAAGUAGAGUAGUAUAUUAAAUUAGAAUAAUCUCCUCCUAGACCAAACCAACCACGUGUUCUUCUUCUUUGUUAUUCUCUUUUCAUCUUCUCUCUAGUAAUUCCUCCUGUGUCUGUCUAGGUUUGGGAGUCUCUUGAUGGGUUCUCAUCCUGGAGAUUGGCCUUCUUAUAAUCCUCAUAACUUCAGUCAACUUCGUGCUACUGAUCCUUCUCUUCCUACUUCUAAAUCAACUCCAACCACCUACCAUCCUACUCAUAACCGAACUGUUCCACCGCCAAAUCAAGUAAUGACUGAAGCUACCAAUAUCCUCUUGAGACAGUUCUACCAACGUGCUGACACAAAGCUGAGGCCGAAGAGAGCUGCUUCAGAAAAUCUGAUUCCGGAGCAUGGAAGCAAACAGCAUAGGGGCACUUCUGGAGACGCUUCAAAGUAGUGACAGAAUCCUCUUUUCCGAUUCAAUUGUUUGUGGUUUUCUGCUUCAUGCCAGUGAAUUAUCAUCAUUCAUCUGUACCUCCAUCAUAGCCGGCAUCAUCACGCCCAUGUCUGUAUUAUGUUGUGUGCUUGUUGUUGUAUUUGCAAAUAAGGAUCAUUUGUACUUGAAACAUGGUGAAUAUCAUCAUAUAAAUGUGUCAUAAUAAUACUGCAUAAAAUCAUACAUGGGAGGUGGAGAAACACCCCUUUUAACA